AUGUCACAAAAGCAAAGCCCUGAGAACUCCUCCAAGGCUCCAGACCAUCUUAUAACAGCGGAGUGGCAAUCUCCUUUGUCCUACGUGGAUCGCCUUCUUCAAAACAAUCACCCGAAUCAGGAUCAAAGUUCACGCACAGAUGAUUUGGUUAUGGUCAUGCUUGACACGCUGACGGACUACAUCGUGGAGAUGGUGGGCAUGGAAGCCAGCAACGAAAGUGUGUCGACCAUCCAGCAUCCGGCUCAGGGGGCAACCAAUGGCAAUAGAGAGCCGCGCGGUAGUGAUGCAGCCUUCACUCUGUUUGACCAAAAGCGUGGAUCCAGAAGAGGCUGA